GAGGAGGAGCGCAGCCAAUCCCGGGCGCACCAGGAGCCAAGGCUGCGCCGCCUGCCUGCCUCUCCUCCUUCCCCUCUUUUCCCAUCCCUGCUUCUCUCCUGCACCUCGGGGUCCAGCCAAGGAAGAGCCCCAUGGAAGAAGAAGGAGGAGGAGAAGGAGAAGGCGACCACCAUCGCUUCCAAGACAGAACCACCAGCCUUGGAUUAUUCUUCCCCCAACCAUUCUUCUUCUUGGCAACGUCUUCGCUUUCCCUGUUGCCUCCAGGUUGCUCCUGGUCUUGGUCUCCUCCUCCGUCCCCCGGCGCUUGAUCCGGAUUAUGUAGCUCCCUGCGCUUCGCCUCUCCGGUCGCUAUGAACCAUGGCUCAGUUGUACUAUAAAAAGGUGAACUACUCACCCUACCGAGACCGGAUUCCUUUGCAAAUUGUCCGGGCAGAAGCCGAACUCUCAUUGGAGGAGAAAGCCUACCUCAGUGCUGUGGAGAAGGGGGACUAUGCCAGCGUGAAGCACUCCUUGGAGGAGGCCGAGAUCUACUACAACAUCAACAUAAAUUGCAUGGACCCUCUUGGACGCAGUGCCCUCCUAAUAGCCAUAGAGAACGAGAACCUAGAAAUCAUGGAGUUGUUGCUGAGCCACGGGAUCUAUGUGGGCGAUGCGCUGCUGUACGCAAUACGGAAGGAAGUGGUGGGAGCCGUGGAACUCCUUCUGAACUAUAGGAAGCCGAGUGGCGAGAAGCAGGUCCCCACCUUAAUGAUGGACACCCAGUUUUCGGAAUUCACCCCGGACAUCACCCCCAUCAUGCUGGCGGCUCAUACCAACAACUAUGAGAUCAUCAAGCUGCUGGUCCAGAGGCGAGUCACCAUCCCGCGCCCGCACCAGAUCCGAUGCAACUGCGUGGAGUGCGUCUCGAGCUCCGAAGUGGACAGCUUGAGGCACUCUCGGUCGCGGCUGAACAUUUACAAAGCCUUGGCCAGCCCUUCCUUGAUUGCCUUGUCGAGCGAGGACCCCAUCCUGACCGCCUUCCGGCUGGGUUGGGAGCUGAAGGAACUCAGCAAAGUGGAGAACGAGUUCAAGGCGGAGUAUGAGGAGCUCUCUCAUCAAUGCAAGCGGUUUGCCAAGGACCUUCUGGACCAGGCGCGGAGCUCCAGAGAGCUGGAGAUCAUUCUGAACCACAGAGAUGACCAAAGUGAAGAGUUAGACCCCCAAAAAUGUCACGAUUUGGCAAAGCUAAAGGUAGCAAUAAAGUACCAUCAGAAAGAGUUUGUUGCCCAGCCCAACUGCCAGCAGCUGCUCGCAACGCUUUGGUACGACGGCUUUCCCGGAUGGCGGCGGAAGCACUGGGCGGUCAAGCUCCUGACCUGCAUCACCAUUGGACUCCUCUUCCCUGUGCUUUCUGUGGCCUACCUGAUUGCGCCAAAGAGCAGGCUUGGACUGUUCAUCAAAAAGCCAUUUAUAAAGUUCAUCUGCCACACGGGCUCCUACCUGACCUUCCUCUUCAUGCUCCUCCUCGCCUCGCAGCACAUUGUCAGGACUGACCUCCACAUGCAGGGACCUCCUCCCACCGUCGUCGAAUGGAUGAUCCUCCCCUGGGUUUUAGGCUUUAUUUGGGGAGAAAUCAAAGAGAUGUGGGACGGCGGCUUCACGGAGUACGUCCACGAUUGGUGGAACCUGAUGGAUUUCGCAAUGAACUCCCUCUACUUGGCCACCAUCUCCUUGAAAAUUGUGGCCUAUGUCAAGUACAAUGGCUCCCGUCCAAGGGAGGAAUGGGAAAUGUGGCACCCCACCCUCAUUGCAGAAGCCCUCUUUGCCAUAUCAAACAUUUUAAGCUCCUUGCGUCUCAUCUCCCUGUUUACAGCAAACUCUCACCUGGGACCCCUCCAGAUCUCUUUGGGACGCAUGCUGCUAGACAUCCUCAAAUUCCUCUUUAUUUACUGCUUGGUGCUACUGGCCUUCGCCAAUGGACUCAACCAGCUCUAUUUCUAUUACGAGACCAAUGCCUCCGAGGAGCCCAACAAUUGCAAGGGGAUUCGGUGCGAGAAGCAGAACAAUGCGUUCUCCACGCUCUUUGAGACGCUCCAGUCUCUCUUCUGGUCUGUGUUUGGCCUCUUGAACCUCUACGUCACCAACGUGAAAGCCAGGCAUGAAUUCACAGAGUUCGUCGGGGCAACCAUGUUCGGCACUUACAACGUCAUCUCCCUGGUGGUCCUGCUGAACAUGCUCAUCGCAAUGAUGAACAACUCCUACCAGCUCAUCGCCGACCAUGCUGACAUCGAAUGGAAGUUUGCCCGCACCAAACUCUGGAUGAGCUACUUUGACGAAGGGGGCACCUUGCCGCCCCCUUUCAACAUCAUCCCCAGCCCCAAGUCCUUCUGGUAUCUCUGCAAAUGGAUCCACAAGCAGCUCUGUCCAUCCCAAGAUCCAGACGACGAUGAGAAGAAACACGAGAAUCUGAAGACCUUCACGGAACGUCAUGCAGACAACUUGAUUCAGAAUCAGCAUUACCAGGAAGUGAUCAGAAACCUGGUGAAGCGAUACGUUGCUGCCAUGAUAAGAAAUUCCAAAAGCAAUGAGGGAUUGACAGAAGAAAACUUUAAGGAACUGAAGCAGGAUAUCUCCAGUUUCCGCUAUGAAGUCCUCGACCUUUUGGGGAACCGGAAACCGCCGCGGCGAAGUUAUUCCACCAGCAGCACCGAGGUCUCCCAGAAGGACGAGGCCAACGAGGAGUGUGUUGGGGAGACCUCCAAAUCCAAGAGCGUGUCUUUCGGCCUCACCAACAAGAAGAAAGACUUCAACGUCUCGGCUCUCAUUAAGACGAUGUCCGGGAUUGACAUGGUGAGCGAGAGACCCAAAAACAAUGGGAUUAAUAAGCGCUCCUUUGUCCGGAACGGGAACAGAGUCCAAAGGCUUUCCAGCUCCAAGAAGGAAUCCUUCAAGCGUUUGGGACUCCUGUUCUCCAAGAUGAACGGUCACCUGGCGGAGCCAAACACGGAGCCCAUGUACACCAUUUCGGACGGGGUCAUCCAGCCACAUUACAUGUGGCAAGACCUUAAAUACUCCCAGAUGGCCAAAGAGCGGGACGAGAACUGUUCCAAAAGUGAAAUUAACCUCAAUGAGGUGGACUAUAGUAGGAACACCAGGCACCCAGGGCAGAGCCCAUGCCCCGGGCCUUGCACCAGUUCCCUCCACUGUGCUUCCAGCAUCUGCUCCUCCAACUCCAAACUCAUAGACUCCUCCGAGGAUGUUUUUGACUCAUGGGGAGAUGCCUGCGACAUGUUUAGGAACCAAUGGAAAGACGGACAAGAGGAGCAGGUCACGACUCGCCUAUAAGCAGCCUGUUGCAGGACAUGACUAAUAGCAGAAACUAUUUAAUAUCACGGAUUCUCCAUAGUUAGGAAUCUUGCUCUCCUACUCUCCUUGGCCAUCCCCACCAUUUUAUAGCCACAUCUCUCGCCUCCCGAGCCCACUUUUUAAAUUUGCUUUCUUAAAAUUCACAGAUGCUGGACUUCUCAUGGGAAUGGUCCAAUCCUUUGGAGAAUAUAUGGACCUAUGGAAUACAGUCUAAGGUUUUCAUCUCUUCUUUUGUUCAUUCUUUCUUCUGUAAUCCCAUUAGGAUUUCUAUCAUUUACAGAACACCGAAGAACUUCCUUCUCCAGCCUUGUUGCUUCUUCUCCAGCUUUGCUUUCCACCAUUUUAUGUUCCAUUUCCAGACCAUUGACCCGCUCUCUGGGGUCUUCAGCAAAAGCUCAGUGACUUAUCUGGAAGCUAAGAGCCAAGCUGAAGGUGUCCCUGGAAGGGAGAAGAGUUCAGACCGAAAUGGGCUUUUCGCUUUUAAGCAAUACAAUUCCCCCAUGAUUCCAACUGUUAAGUCCUUAACUAAGGUUGCAUAUUGUUUUCUUCAUGUAAAUUAUGGUCACAAUGAGUUAAAAUUGAGUUCUGGAACUUGCUGUUGCCAUGCAUUUGAUCAAUUUCUUAAAAAGAGAACUUGCGUCCAAUUCCUCACUUCCAAACUCCAAUAAUGGCAUUUCCCAAUAUGCAUCUGCAGUUGUUGCAGGAUUUGAUAUACAAUUAAAUAGGAAACUUCAGUCUAAAUUAUCUUGAAUAUGUUCAAAAUGUAGGCACAUACCUGUAUUUUACACAUCUAGAUCUCAAAAACCCCUAAAUGAGUGUUGGGAAUUUGAAUGGUAGUCUUGCAAUUCAAGGUCUUUCUUUGGUUUUCUAUUAACUAUAUCUUUCUCUCUAAAGCAAUGGUUCCCAAUCUUAUUUUGACCAGGGACCACUCUCCAACAUUAGUACCAAAAGAGUUAUGAAUAAGUUUUUGGUCAACUUUAGAUUUGGUUAAGUUAUUUGGGGUGCUGAUUCAGAAAACCUCAUUGGAUAGACCACAUCAGAUCUAACUUCUGAUACAGAACAUAUGCCAUCCAGUAAUCGCCAUCUGCUCACCCACAGAAAACCAUAAUUAAUAAUCUAGAGCUGAUGUGGUCUAUCCAAUGCAAUUUUCUGAAUCAGCACCCCAAAUAACCCCAAGAACAGGCCUAACAACAAAGACACCAAGGCGCCCCCGCUUCCAGGCGCAACAUGGAAUGGCUCCGCUCAGGGGGAGGGAGGAGGAGGAGAAGCAGCAGUCAGGAGGCUUGUUGUUGUGCCUUUUGUGGGUAGUCAGCCUCUCCCCUCAUGACAUCCCCGUUGCCUCUGCACUAUAAGAGGGUUUUGGGAGACCAGUCGCUCUUGUUGGUGUAGUAAUGGUGAGGCCGCAGAACAUAUUUAGUUCUUGGGUACCACUGGUGGUCCAUAGACCACAGGUUGGGAACCAUUGCUCGAAAGGUUUCAGAGCCCAAAAUGUGUACUAUUUGAAACCUGGAGAAGAAUUGCUUGCAAAAACAAGGUUAGCCGUCUUAGCAAUACAAGCUGAUUUACUUACUUGAGACUAAACAUGAAGUUUCAUUGCACUGGGAAGCUGUAGCAUUAGUUGCAUUGGUCUCAAUCCAGAAAGCUGUGGAUAUAUUUAGAAAUUGUUCAAAUAAUAAGACCUUGGUGGAAAAUGACUUGAAGGAGAGAUUUUAAAAGUCACAAUCCAAAAAAGUAACUUUCCAAAGCACUGGUCCUAAGCAGGAACAGGGCAAUUCUCUUCUCAGGAACCAUAUUGUUUCCAGGAUAGAAUUAUAUAUAUUAUAUAUUAUAAUCACACAACCCAGUUAUUGAGGACAAAGAACAUGUGUCUGAGAGUUAACUAUAAACUGGAUUUAGGGAACCUCUCCGCUUUGAAGAUGUUGCCCUCUAGUUCCCAGAAGCCCAGUCAACUUGACCAAUAGUGAGGAAGAAUAAAAAAUGUCUAUAGAGGGGAUGGGACAGAUAUCCAAAAAUAUUGGCAACUUGGGUGACCAUAAAGUAAAGAUAUCAAAGAUUUGCUAUGGCCUGAAGCAUCAUUUGGACAAGGAAGUGUUUAUGGUCAAGUGGAAAUCCAAACCAUGGUUUCUUGGGGUCCUGGUCCAACCACUGUAUGGCUCUGGCUGUCUCCAUCUCAACAAAACCACCAAAAUUAGAGGUGAAUUUUGAAGUGGAGUGGUGAAGCCUCCAUAACUGUAGAAACUUUCGAGCUUAAUCAAAUGGGUAGAAGUUGGUGGAAUGGGCAACAGUGUGUAGAUCGGACAUCAGCUGGUAGGCUGUUAGGAAUUGUGGGAGUUGAAGUCCAAAACACCUGGAGGGAUGAAAUUUGCCAUGUCUGGUGUAGAUCAGCAAUGUCAAACCCAUUUCCAUUGAGAGCCACAUCAGCCUUAUGGUUGCCUUCAAAGAAACAAUGAGUCCAUGGAUGGAGAAUCCAUGGAUACAGAGAGCCCACUGGUAUCUUUUUUUAAUGUAGUGGUAAAUUCCCAUUAGUUUUUACCCAGUUUGGGUCCUUAGAUGUUACUGAACCCAUCACUCCCAACACUCUUGAUUAUACACCAUGCAGACUUGGGAUAAUGGGAAUCACAACCCAACAACACUUGUGGCUCUGAGUUUGGGGGACGGUUAAAGCCAGGUGUCAUGUAAUAAGCCCUGUAUCUAAAUCCAAACCCCAGCCUUCCAGAUGUUCCUGUAUCCCAACUCCCAUUAGUUCUAGUCAUGAGGAUAUAGCUGUUGUAGCCCAGCAUAUGGAGGAGGGCCACAUAAAAGGACAUGGUGGGCUGGAUAUGACCCGUGGGCCUUGAGUUUGACACAUCUGGUGCAGAGCUAGGACACAUAUACAGACAUAAAGAUAUUCAGGACAAGGAUUACAUACAUCUCAGCCCUUCAGCAAUGCUCAAGAUCAUCGUUUCCCUGUUGUUAACAGCAGUGGGGAAGCAAUGGCCUCUUUCCAACCAAGCUGCAGGGCUCUGAAGACUUUGUAUAACCCAUGUGUAAUGUAAGCAGCCUCCUGCCACAUGGGUCUAGUACUUACGAAGCACACUUUCCCCUUUUCCAAAGCAGGGCAAAGCUCCUGGGGAUGCCUUCCUUUGGACGAGAGCACAUGGGAGCCUUUGUUAAUCUUUGCUUUAUUUGCAAGCAUACAAGCAAAACAGUCUCCUGUAAGCAGAGAGCUCAGCUGCUAAUCUGCCAUCGGGUCCCUGGAGAACAAAUCGCUCAGCCCUGCAAAGCUGCUCUCGACUCCAGCUGCAAACGCAAAGCUCAGCUUGGGUGCUCUCCAACUCCUAGGUGUUGACUUUUGCCAUCUUUCCGUAUCUGAAUGAUGUUCCAGAUUGCCGAGUCCUGCAAGGAGAAUAUCCAUUGUAUAAAAAUGCAUGCUAUCAGCCCCUGACCGCCGCAGCUUCCAGACAUGGCAAUGCCCAUAACAUAAUGUGCCAUUGCAUUUUGCAUUAGUAAACAUUACUGAGGGAGUGGAGGAGGCAGAUUGGUGGGUGGGCAGGUGUUGCGUUCAGUGGAAAGCUGUGCGCUAGCCAUAUUGCGGCGAUCUAAAAAAACAUUUCUAUAGCAACAGAAAGAUUGACAGCCGGGGUUUUUGUAUAUCCACUGUGAGAUGCUGUCCCAGAAUUUCGCAUUAAUUGGACAAGUCCAUCAAAUCCAAAUCCUCUCCAAGCAGCUCUGGAGGCUGCAGUACUUAAUCCUGGGAGUAAUAAGAUUAACACCUCCAAAAUGGUGUUGUGCUACAGAUUUAAUCAUUAUCUAGAUUAAUGAUUAAAUUGGAUAACAGUUUGAAACAUUCCCUUUGAAUACCUGUAAACAUCGGAACUUCGGAAAACAACAACUGCACUUUUAUUGAGCUCUUACUUGUUGUGUUACUUUCCGGACUGUAUGGCUAUGUUCCAGAAGCAUUCUCUCCUGGUGUUUUGCCCACAUCUAUGGCAGGCACGCUCAGAGGUUGUGAGGUCUGUUAGAAACUGGGCAAGUGAUAUUUAUUUAUAUUUCUGUGGAAUGUCCAGGGUGGGAGAAAGAACUCUUUGUCUGCCUGAGGCAAAUGUGAAUGUUGCAGUUGGCCACCUUGAUUAGUAUCGAUUAGCCUUGCAGCUUCAAAGCCUGGCUGCUUCCUGCCUGGGGGAAUCCUUUGUUGGCAGGUGUUAGCAUGCUGAUUGUUCCAUUUUUUGAGCAUUGUUCUUUAUUUACUGUCCUAGUUGUGGGAAUCGAUGGGUCCAUCUACACCAGUGGUUCUCAACCUGUGGGUUCCCAUAUGUUUUUGGUCUACAACCCCCAGAAAUCCCAGCCAGUUUGCCAGCUGUUAGGAUUUCUGGGAGAUGAAGGCCAAAACAUCUGGGGACCCUCAGGUUGAAAACCACUGAUCCACAUGAUUAAUGAAAUUUGGCAUCACUUUAAUUGCUACGGCUCUGUGUGCUGGAAUCCUGGGAAUUGUAGUUUGGUGCAAAUAGAAUGUCUAUGGGAUAUGAAGUAACUCAUAUCCUCAUAACCUUGAGUAACUCAUCCCUUCUCCAGUUCUUGAAGGAAGCUAGAUGAAAAUGGGCUCCUUAAAGCAAUUGCAAGAAAGAGGAAAAGAAACUCAAAUGAGGUCGAAGCACUAAAUCGGUGAUAUACUUUAUAGCACAAUGCUGCUUAUCUGGAGCUAUCUCAUUCCUCCUCCAUCUUCAAGCCAGAACAUUGUGUCCUUACUCAGGGGAAAAGAGUAAAUCCAGUUCCCAAAGAUAUUCUGAAUGAGUAAGAUUGCAGAGUAAAUGCAUAGUGUUUGAUCUUUAGGGUCACUUCAUGCUGGACUGGCCCCAAAUUGACAGGUGAGCAAUGCAUUACAUGGGCAGGUGAAACUCAUCGCAGUUAUGGCUCAUGGCGAGGGCGUAUGCGGCUAGAAUUGUUUCCAGAACAUUUGAAUUAUUCAUCUCAAUGCCUCCCAAGGUGGAAACAUCAGUUGCUAGUCAGUGGUCAAUUCAGCAUUUUGACCUUUCGGCCCUAAAUAUCUCUCAGGGUGCAUCUACACUGUAGAAUUAAUGCAGUUUAACUCCCAUGACUCAAUGCUAUGGAAUCAUAGGAUUUGUAGCUUGGCGGAGAAGGCAAAAGAUGAAGUGAAACUGCAAUUUCCAGGAUUCCGUAACCUUUCCGUAACCGAAAUUAGGCAAUUAAAAUGGUGUCAAAACUGCAUUAAUUCUAGAGUGAAGAUGCACUCUAAGUCCAAACCUCCUCAUCCACUACAUUCUCUGCCUCUUUAAAAACAUAAUUAUUUUCUUGUGACAACCCACUGCCACACUAUAUUUAAACAAAGCCAUUAGCAGGCUUGCUGUAGCGUGCAAUGAAAAACUUUGGAUUCAUUUUUCUCCGAUGUUCUCGGGAAUUAAAAUAUGUGUAACAACAAGCAUCAUGCUCAACUUUAAAUAGACCGUGCAGUCUGCUGGAAUGAGAAUAUACACACACACACACUUGCUGACUUGCUAUCAUAUCGCGGUGCAAUGAGUUUGCAAUAAUAAAAGAAAAACACUAUUAAGUGCACAAAUUGGGACUUGGAUGUAUGGCAAGAGGACCAAAUACCCUGAAGCUACCUGAUCCUGUCUGAUUUUGGAAGCUAAGCAGGGUCAGACUUGGUUAGGACUUAGAUGGGAAUCCACCAAUUUCAACAAUGUCUUUCAUAAACCAGCAAACUAUAAUGGUUUGAGUGUUGGUUUGAAUCUUGGCCAUGGAAGCCCACUUGGGCAACUUACUCAUUCAGCCGAGGAAAAAAGGCCAAACCUAUGAAUUAAUCCUGGCAAACCAAGAUGGAGUCCCCAUAAAUUGGCAUCAAUGUGUCUACGCACUCAACAGCCAUCCAAAAUCACAGCUAGAGAUUUACUGAAAUGAACGGCCAACUUAAAUCCCAUUGAUUUCAACUCAUAUACUCCAUCACUGAGUUGAGAUCCGAACUAACGGUUCAAUCUCAGAGCCAAGUGGACCCAAAUGAGACACAUACAUUCUUUGUCUGGAUUUCAAAAUUACUCUGCUGUUGUUUAACUUUAGCUUCCUUUGAUUUAUUUCUAAUGAAUGCCUUCUGGCAGGUGAGACCCAAGCUGUCUCAGUCGCAGCGACAGGUGGCUGCUACCUCCAGGUAAGAAAUCGCAUCUGUGGAGAUAUGGACAAUGCUUGCGACAUUAUGUAAAAGACUUCUAAAAAUAAUCCAAUGGAGUACUGAACUGAACCCAAAUUGUGACGAAUCGAGCAAUGCAAAACCUGGGACGUUUUGUGGAAGGGUGUUACAUAGAAAGCAAAUCGACCAAGAAAUAGUCCAGUUAAUGACAGAAGGCCUUGGGUGCAUCUACCCCAGGCACGGGCAAACUUUGGCCCUCCAGUUGGCUUAAGCAACUGAGGGGGGAAAGGAAAGGGCCCGAGGCUGUUAGGAAUUGUGGAAGCUGAAGUCCAAAACAACUGGAGGGCCAAAGUUUGCCCAUACCUGAUCUACACUGCAAAAGUAAUGCAGAUCAACACAACUUUCACUGCAACGGCUCAGUGCUAUAGAAUCACAGAAAAUGAAGUUUAAAACAGUACAUGUGACACUUAAUGAGACAUGCCGCAUUAUCACAGGAUGUCUACAGCCAACACAGCUGGAGAAAUUAUACUGUUUAGCCAUUAUUGCAUCACCUAACAUCCGUUGGGAAGUAGCAGCCAGUAAUGAAAGGACCAAGGCAUGUACAUCUCCAGCCCAUCCUCUGUUCGGAUAUCAGUUAGCAUACCAAUGCCUUAAAUCGAGAAAUAGCUUUCUAAGAUCUACAGAGAUGCACAUGGGAACACCUCAGCAAGCGAGAGUCCAAAAGUGGCAGGUUAAAACCCAGAACCUCAAUCCAUGGCUGAUACCGGAUGAGAAACUCCCUCCUGGGCACACAGAAGAGUGGGUGAUAUGGAAGGCACCAGAAGAUGUAGAGCUAACCUUAAGGGGCUACAAAGUGGAAUCCACAACAUGCGAGUAGUGGAGAAGAGCAAACCACAGACCACCUACUAUAAUGCAGCCUGAGCCCUGCCACAUUCACAAUGGAAAACCUCACAGCAACACCAGAGGCACUCCAAGUGGCCAGCUUCUGGUCAAAGGACAUUUAGUAUAAUGCCAAGCUCUUAACUUUGUUUGUGGCUACACACACACACACACACACACACACACACACACACACACACACACUAUAACUGAAGUCUCAGUUUGCUUCUGACACGAUGUGGGAAGAAAACAUCUGCUUUUGAGAAGAAACUUAAUAAAGAACUGCAGCUUGGGUUUCCUUGCUCAGACACACAAAAAACGAGGCCGUGUUCAGAAUCUGCUUUUAUUGAGUGAUGGUGGUGCCAAAUUAAACCCCACUCUUCAUCCACUUGUGCAGUGAUUAUUCUUUUAGAAACCUUAUUACAGACUGUGACAGCAGCAGCAGCACCAAUCCAAGACAACGAUUCCCCACCUUCAAAAGCAGUGCCCCGCGGAGACCACGUUAAAAUUGAAGAAUGAUUGGUAGGCAGUUAACUGAGAGCGAUACACCAGAAUGGUUAUAUCUCACUUGCGGAGAGGUCGAAUCAAGAACCAUCACUGGCCUGGGAACUCUUUACGUGUUUAGCUUUCACAUCUUUGCCUUCAAUGUGCUGGGGUUUUUU